CGAAAUCAAGAAUCUGUUGUUUUGUUUGCUCUGUUACAUAAGAACAUUAUAACUGUGAAAUUAUAUAUUGCAAAAGUAUAUUUUAAAUCGUAACAUGGCGUCUGGGACUAUGUCGCUUUCGCAGUGGGUAAACAAGGAACUAGUCAAGUUGCUGGGAAUAGCAGAGACAGACGUUGAAGAUUUAUCGUCUUACCUUGUAACGAUUGAUAAUCCUGAGGAAUUGACCACUUUCGUGACUGAGUUGUUGUCUGAGAAUGGCACAGAGUCUGGAUUGGACGGCCCCAAAAAGCAGUUUAUUCGCGAUUUGUUGGGAAGAUGGGAGAGAGUUCGGGUCCCUGACAACGUAAUGGUUUACAAAAAAGAUGAUGAUGACGGUUUUAAUGGUGGAAAAAAACUUUUGGGGAAAAAGUUAUUGCCAUCAUCUAACUCUAAUCCUUUUGAUAUGAGCAAGAUGGGAGAGAGUUUAGAGGGUGGAGAGAAAAAGGCAAAGAAGAAGACCCAUUAUGUUUCCUUAUAUGGUAAAGAUGGUGAGAUGAGAGCUCAUGCAGUUAUGUUGCCUGGAAGAAACAUUUGCGAAUGUCAAGCUCAAAAACAUAAGCUGGUAACAUUGUUUGACUGUGGGCGAGUGUUUGUGAACAGGAGGGGUCGGGCCCUU